GAUUUAGAAUGGGCAAUCGGUCUGAACCGCUCAAUGUUGAAAAUUAUCGGUUUAUGGCCGCAAGAGAGUAAAAAUCAACGUGAAGAGUUAUUAUCUAAAUUUCGAUUGUUAUUUAACGUCAUUACGCUGACAUUCGUACUGACAAUACCGGCUUUAGUAUCACUGAUAAGAGUAUGGGGUGACAUGAUACUAAUGAUAGAUAAUUUGCAAUACACUUUGCCAUGUUUAAUAACGAUAAUGAAAAUUUUUAUUAUGUGGUACAACAAAGAAGCUUUAUCGUCGUUAAUCAAAAUGGUUGUAAAAGACUGGACAAAGAUGAAAAUGAAAGAAGAGCGAAGAGUCAUGUUAAAGCAAGCUAAGAUCACUCGCUUGCUCACUAUAUGCGGAUUAUCCCUGAUAGUUCUUCUAAUACUGCUCACUUUUGGUUCUAUGCUUUCUGGACUGACGUUCAGACACGUAACAAAUUUUACUGACCCUGGAAAGCCCUUGGCAAUUCAAGCCUACUAUCUGCACGAUGUAUCCAGCAGUCCGAAAUAUGAGCUAACGUAUCUGGUACAAACAAUCUCGUUAACCACAUCUAGUCUCUCUUUCACUGCAGUCGACAACUUCCUUGGAUUACUAAUUCUUCACAUAUGCGGUCAGAUGGAAAAUCUACAGCUGAGAUUAUUGAAUCUAGGAAAAAAUCCGAAUUUUAAAGCAGUUUUAAAGUCCAAUGUGGUAGACCACAUUCGAUUAAUCAGAUCUAUAAAAAUCAUCGAUAACAUAUUCGAUUUAAUGCUGCUCGGUCUGUUAUUAUUCUUUGGUAUAUUUUUCUGUCUGCAUGGAUUUCUUAUAAUUAAUGUUAUUAAUGGAACAGGACAAUUGUCGUAUAUACAACUGAUAUGGUAUUUCUCUGCACAUAUAUGUCUUCUGUUGCACAUGUGUCUUUAUUGUGUAAUCGGCGAAUUUCUUGUGACUCAAUCUGAAGGUAUCCAUCGCGCCACGUAUGAAUAUGUAUGGUACACUCUGGAGCCGGAAGCAGCAAGAAACUUGAUGUUAAUCAUGCUUCAUGCAAAAAAACCACUCAAUAUCACUGCGGGAAAAACAUUUCCGAUGACAAUGGCCACAUUUUGCAAUGUGCGUUGUAUGAAAUAAGUGAAAUAUACAAUCUUAUCUUUAUCUUUUGUAUAUGUAUGUGCGUUAAAAAGUGUGUGUAUGUAUUUGUGC